UUGGUGCUCACUUUCCUGCGGGCCGAGUAGGAGCUGUACUUUCUCCAAACGCGACUUGGUCCCUACUACCUCCAAGCACCCCGUGAAGCGACCAUGGCGACUAUUCUCGCCUUUGUGUAGAAGGGAACCGCGCAAUCGGAGAGGGAACCCGGCAGGUGCGUGGCGAUGCUGAAGGACCGAGUAACAGCACUACUUCACACAGGAGGGAUGAGAGGAAACGGAAGGAAAACGGAGUGUUUCUAAGCAACAACAGCAGCAGCAGCCUACGAUGGGCUACAAGAUCCCCGGGGCAGCGAUGGACCGCGUGAGCCUGCUGUGGCGUCUGCGUCGGCGUGCCCGCCGCGGCGCCCUGUGCAUGGCCUUCUUCGGCAUCGCCAUGACGCUGCUGUACGCCCUUUGUGCCGAAAACAGCGUAACUGUCACCGACGCCAUCUUCGGCGUGCGGGCGCGUACCCGAGCCCAGCCUCGCACGCGCGCCGCCGUUAAGGUGCUUCGAGGCGGCUCCAAGCUAGCGUACAUGGACCCCCAGAAGCUCCCCGGCGUGGUCCCCGGUGACCCCCGCCUUCCCAUCCCCGUGCUAUCCUCACCCAACCACACCCGCCAGCACCAACCCGCCAAGCCAAAGUCCAAGGAGGGCCGGGGUUUCUUUGCCAGAGUGCUGCCGCGGCCCCUGGUGAGGGCGCUGGACACGGUCUUCGGGGGCCGCCGGCGGGGCCAGCUGAGCGACAAAGGCGGCUUAGGGUCCAACGGCCUUCCGGGAAAAGUGUGGAAUGAGCACAUGUCCAGCAGCAUGUUGGGGAGGAGACUGAAGAAGGUGUUUAACAACUACCAGGCCAUGAACAAGUACGAGGUGAAGCUCCCCGAUGCGCCGGGCUCGCCCCGCGGGAGGGCGCUGAGCGGGCCGGAGCUCUUGUGCCAGCUGUACCAGAAGGUGGCGCUGUCCACGCUGACGGCCGACCUGCCGCCAUUCUCCUCGUUGCCGUGGGCCUCGCAGCUGCCGCCCAAGCCGCUCGCCUCCCACGUGGGGCCGUUCAAGAGCUGCGCCGUGGUGUCAUCCGCCGGCUCGCUGAGGGACGCCGGCCUCGGCAAAGAGAUAGACUCCCACGAUGCCGUGCUGCGCUUCAACAGUGCCCCCACCCACGGCUACGAGAAGGACGUGGGUUCCAAAACCACCAUCCGGCUCAUCAACUCGCAAGUGAUGGCGUCCGACGACCACCAUUUCCUGUCCAGCUCGCUGUACAGCUCAGGUGUAUUGGUGGCCUGGGACCCUGCUCCCUAUUCCGCGAACCUCACGCAGUGGCUCAACCGCACCGACUACCCCAUCUUCAGCCAGUACCAGCGCUACAGGCGGCUGCACCCCCAGCAACCCUUUUUCAUCCUUCACCCGCGCUUCUUCUGGCAGGUGUGGCGGCAAAUCCAGGACAACAUGCCGGAGCCCAUCCAGAAGAACCCGCCUUCCUCUGGCAUGCUGGGUACGGUGCUGAUGAUGUCCCUAUGCGAGGAGGUGCACGUAUACGAAUUCCUGCCGUCCCGCCGCAACACGGCGCUGUGCCACUACUAUCAGCAGUUCCACGACGACGCCUGCACGCUGGGCGCCUACCACCCGUUACUCUACGAGAAGAACCUGGUGAAGCGGAUGAACCAGGGCUCCGAUGACGACAUUUUCAACCGCGGCCGUGUCACGUUGCCCGGGUACAGAAGCCUCAAAUGCAACGCUACACACGCAGGUUAAGCCGCCGUGCAUGUCGGGCACAGACGACGGAGAAUUAUAACACGCGCUGCUGAUGUGUUUAUCCUCAAUAGCGUUGCGAAAUUUCAAGAACUUUCAAAGUUGGAAAUAGGCACGGACUGAUUAGCAGUAUCAAUGCUUGGGCCUGUGUCUGGUUUGCAACUUUCCAUGGGAGGCAUUUAUGGAAUUAAAAAAAAAAAAGUUGCUCCAUUAAAAAUAAAAACGCUGCUUUAUUGAAGCGAGGGGGGAAAUUUCUGCUUUAUUUAUGUCGCCAUUAAUCACAGAAAAGUCUUAAAAGGGCUUCACAUGCCCACAAUUGACACAUAUUAACGACAUCCCCCUGAUUUUUAUUCGCAGGAGGGCAAGGAAAAAUCCAAAGCGAAAUUAUGGAGCAAUUUAGGUACUGUAAUGCCCUCACAUGUGGGCAAGGAGAGCGGCCUAUUUUGCACAAAUCCCCGCUUAUUACUAAUGUUACUAUUUAUGUGAUACUAAAAAAAAAUCCUGUUCAUUCCCAUGGAAAGUUUCCAUUUUGGACCAUUUUCUGAAUUGCAAAUUUUCUUUCCUGGCAGCGUUCAUGACACUUUUGCAAAAAGAUAAAAAGAAAAAAGACUUCAUGCCAAAUCAACACAUGAACAGCAGGGAAAAACUGCACAAAGAGCAGCUUGAUAUGUCUGGUUGGAGCAGACUUGAUAAUAGAUCAUUUGGGGGAGAAUGAAUGUAUUUACUGUAUGAAACUUGACAUGUUUUAUUUUUAAAUGGGCAUUAAUUGCAUCUCAAAUUGCUUGUUUAAGUAAUCACACAGAGUUCAGUUUGUGGUGGGAGAAGCUCUUGAUUUUUUUUUUUCUUCACAUUUUAAAACAUUUCCGAGGCAUAAAAAAAAAGUUGUCACAUUUUUUACACACUCACUGACCCUAUUUUAAACUGGCUGUCGCUUUUACUACUGAUGACCAGGGGCAGAGCAAGGGGGUGUGACGAGGAGAAUAUCCCCCGAGCCCCCCACAUUACUCCUUUGCAGAGAGAUGCCACCAGAUGGUGCCAAAGCCCCUACUUUUGUAUCACAUAACGAUAGAAA